AAAGAGUAGAGAGAGAAACAAAGCAUCAGAGAGAGAUUUUCUCAAAAAAAAAAAAAAAAAAAACAAAAACAAAAUUGGAGAGAGAAAGUUUUUGUGUUCUUAAUUUUGGAGCAAAGAGCUAGACAGUCGACAUUUGUCCUUAAUUAAAAAUUUCCCACUGGUGGGUAGUUGAAGAAAUUGUUGUAAUUGAUGCGGUUUCACUUGUAAGACUUUGACAUUUUGCAAUUUUUUUGGUUGUUGUUGAAAUUUAUAGUGGUAUUUAUUGGUAUUUGUAUAUACUCAGAUUUGUGGGGAAAUAGUGAAAUUUUGAAUUGGUUUGAUACUUGAAAUUAAGAAAGAUAGAAUUAAAAUGGGGAGUAAUAGUAAUAUGAACUUUGGUAAGAGUUUUGGGAAUGAAGUAGCUGGUGAUGGGGGUGGUGGUGGAACUGGUAGACCACCAGGGUCCGGGUUAGGGUCAGGGAAUUUCGGAUUAGCGAGGCAGUUAUCGGUUUAUUCGUUGACAUUCGAUGAAUUUCAGAAUACAUUAGGGGGGAUGGGGAAGGAUUUUGGGUCUAUGAAUAUGGAUGAGUUGUUAAAGAACAUUUGGAGUGCUGAGGAAACACAAUGUAUGACAACAACCCCCACUGCUGCUGCUGCUGCUGCUGCUCCUGCUGUUGUUGGGAGUAGUGGUCAAGAUGGGUUGAAUUCGGGUGGGUAUUUGCAGAGACAAGGGUCAUUAACACUACCCAGAACGCUUAGUCAGAAAACAGUGGAUGAGGUUUGGAAAGAUAUAGCGAAAGAGUUUGGUGGAAGUAAGGAUGGAGGAGGAGGAACUAAUGUGGCUCAGAAUCAGAGACAACAGACACUUGGAGAGAUCACUUUGGAGGAGUUCUUGGUAAGAGCUGGUGUUGUAAGGGAAGAUACUCAAGUUCUUCCAAAGCCUAGUAACAAUAAUUCUGCUGCUGUUGCUGCUGCUGGGAUGUUUGCAGAUUUCUCCCGUGCUAGUAAUAACAAUAAUAAUAAUCAAAACAAUACUAAUACUGGUUUUGGGAUUAGUUUUCAACAACCUGCUCGAGGUGUUGAUUUGAUGGGUAACAAUAAUCAUCAGAUGACCUUGCAAUCAGCUAACUUGCCGUUAAAUGUCAAUGGGGUACGAACAUCACAGCAACAACCAACAUCAACACAAAUGUCCCAGCAGCCAAAGCAGCAACUGUCACAGCAACAGCAACAACCAUUAUUUCCUAAACAGGCUGCUGUUUCGUAUGCAUCUGCGAUGACACUGCCUAAUAAUCCUCAGCUAGGUAAUGCAGGUUUAAGAGGUGGUAUUGUAGGAUUAGGUGAUCCAGGGAUGAACAGCAGUUUGGUCCAAAAUGGAGCUUCACAAGGUGGUGCAGGAAUGAGUAUGGUUGGGUUAGGAGGAGGUGGGGCUAUUGGUGUUCCUGCUGUAUCUCCUGCAGCUUUGUCAUCUGAUGGCCGUGGAAGGAGCAAUGGAGAUUCAUCUUCUGUUUCACCAGUUCCAUACAUGUUUAAUGGUAGUCUUAGAGGGAGAAAAGGAAUCCAUGCUGUUGACAAAGUUGUUGAAAGGAGGCAGAGGAGAAUGAUAAAAAAUAGAGAAUCUGCUGCAAGGUCCCGAGCACGAAAACAGGCAUAUACUAUGGAGCUGGAGCAGGAAAUUCAGAAACUAAAAGAGGAGAAUCAAGAGUUAAGGAAGAAACAGGCAGAAAUUGUGGAACAGCAGAAAAACCAGGUGAUGGAGAUGAUGAACAAUGCACAAACUGGUUCUAGGAAAAAGCUGAGGAGGACACAGACUGGUCCAUGGUGAUCUGAUGUGCAAUACUUACAGUAGGUUUUUUGUAAAUAUUUUUGAGGGAGUGGAUGUUUUUUUUUUCUUCUGUUUAUUGGAUAGUUGAGGAUUUGUAUUUUAGGUUAAAAGCUUCUAAAUUUAUAGUUUCCCUUACCUCUAAACAUGAGCACUUGUAGGAAAGAGGAAGCAUGACAUGGAAAUCCCAUACAAAUCUGUUGGAAAUGUAGUUUUAGGGCAUAUCCAAUUUCAACAUCUUUUUUUUUGUGCCUUUUA